AAAAUACCCACUCAAAAAUAAUAACCCCCCGUCUUCGUCUUCCAGGGACUGCUGCAAAUCGAAAUCGUUUCCAGUUUUCACAAACCCUAGUCCGCGCGCUCGAUCGCCGGUUUAUCCGGCUUUGUGGUCCUGAUGCCUAAAUCGAGCUCAAAUGGCGAUGAUCCUCCUCAAAAGAGAAAACUUCCUUCUUGGACGAGUUCCAAGGAUUCCGGGGAAGGUUCCUGCAAGAAGAAACAGCAGAAGGAUGGUGUGUGCAGCGGCAAAGAGAGUUCAUCGAGCUUCUCAAAACUUCUGGAAGGGGUAGUGUUCGUGUUGUCUGGGUUUGUGAACCCAGAGAGGAGUACGCUGAGGUCGAAAGCAUUGGCAAUGGGGGCGGAGUAUCGGCCUGACUGGAGUUCAGAUUGCACUCUUCUUGUUUGUGCGUUUCCGAAUACUCCUAAAUUUCGGCAAGUGCAGGGGGAUUGUGGAACUAUAGUUUCAAAGGAAUGGAUAUCUGAGUGUUACAGCGAGGAAAAGCUAAUUGACAUCGAGCCUUAUCUUAUGAAUGUUGGUAAACCCUGGAGAAAACAUGAUGAAUCUUCUGAGACUAGCCAAGCUAAAAAAACUUCUCAAUCCAAAGAACCUAAAUUAAUAGAUGAAGAACGAUCACAUCCUCCGAAGCCAACUGUGUCUGCUGUGGCCAAGGAUGGAAGUUCUAAUACUGUAAAAGAUCUAUUUUCUCCUUCGGAAGUGAAAGAGUGGGUCAUGGAUGAUCUGCAAAAAACGGUAUCAUGGUUGGAGAGUCAGGAAGAGAAGCCAGAAGCUGAUCAAGUAAGAACAAUAGCUGCAGAAGGGAUCAUCACUUGUUUGCAAGAUGCCAUAGAAUCUCUUGAGCAAGACCAUGAUGUUCGGCUUGUGACUGAGCAGUGGAAGUUUCUCCCUCGAGUCGUCAAGGAGUUGGCCAAACUUGAUGGCGGAGGAAGAAGUAAAAAAGAGUUGCUUUCGAAGGAAGAACUCAUUCAACUUGCUAUCUCCACUAAAAAUAUCUAUGAAAGCGAGUUGGCUCAUAUAAGUAGUUCUCGUAUGAAAAACAAACAAAAAAUCGAUGAGACACAAGGUUCAGAGGAUACAGGGUUUGACAGUGAUCAGACUAUUGAAAUGACGGAGGAGGAAAUUGAACUUGCCUGCAAACACUUGACUUCAGAGCCUUGUGCAUGAUAUUAAUGGUUUUCCAUGUUCGUACCCUUGAAAUGGAGAUGAGACAUGAGCAAGGAACUGGUAAAGAGCUGCAGAUGCAAUCACAAUAUGAGCAAAAGUAUCCCAGCUGUGCAAAGCCAUGUAAAUACAUCUGGUCUGGUUUUGAACCUAAACAAUGAUAGUCUCAUUUAAAUCAAUUCUUAUUGCAGGUGUCACUGUGGAUAUGUUUUUGAUUUAAGAGAGAAUGAAGAAUGAAAGAAAAACUAUGUUACUUUUUA